UGUCUUAUCCACGUCGGUUUGUGGGUUCAUUCGACUUUUCGGCAGGACGUUGAUACUGCCAACAGAAUUGCCUACUGUGCGGCUUUCCAACUACCAUGGAGAUGAAAUUUCAGUCCGGAUAUUGAACGGGGAGUUCUCUAGUGGGAAUUUCAAAGUUGCUUAGUUGUGGUGGCCCGUGCGCCUUGUGCAAAUCUCUUCGUGACGUAACCUUGCAUGAUUACACUCUCCAUCCAAAGAUCAUAACCUGUCGACAUCCGAAAGGUUGAAUUUCUUUAAUCUGAUCAGCAACGUAUCAAAGCCUACUGCUGCUGUGUCUGCAGUGCUUCAAAAUCAGGUAACAUCCCUCUCAACACGACUUUGAAAACCCCGAGAAUGGGGUAUCAUCCUCGCCCUUGUCUCUAUGGGCGAUGGGCUGGACAGUACCGGAAAAGUUCGAUCACGAGUUCGAGAUCACUGGGAAUCGAACAGUGAUUUCGAGCUCUCUUUUCUGGAAGACAUCGAAAACAACGACAUCUUUCAAAUUUGCAGAGGAUGGCCAUGUUGUAGGACAUGGGCAUCUUGUCAUUUGUUUCCCCAUAGUGGAUCACCAUUACACCUUUUCGAGCUUUGCUGCUAACAUUAGAAAACCGACCCACAAACUUCAAAAUGCGCACUGUAGAGUGGCAGGAAAUCUAUAGUGUCUCUUCCCGAUGAGGGGUCUGCCAAAAAGGUGGGAGUCGGCUCGCACUUCUGCUCUAAGCUCGAUUGCGACGGUCUGUUUCAUUCGACAUGAAACCUAAAAGAAAAAAGAAGACAAGGUGGAUCAUCACUACACACUCUCACUGUACACUGUCUGGAAGAAGGUGUUGGCCCCGCAGUCUGAAAUAUGAAUUUUGUUUUGCUCAAAAUCUGAAGCUACAUUCCACCUAUGUCUUUGGAGGCGUAUAAUAUAGAUUCCUUUGGUCUGGUGCACAAUGUGUGGUUAUUUAUGCUGUGGGAAGGGGAUCCUAUACAUGAGGCGUGAAGGCAUCUUUCUGAAUGCUAAGAUCACUUCUCGGCGAACAUGAUGUUCGAGUCGGUCCGUGAGCAUGAGAUCAGCGUCACAUGUGGGCAGCAAGGGCAGGUCCAACUGCUCAGUUGUGAUUGGAGCAAAGGAUAACUUCUCAGUCCUCAACUUGCACGACACUCUCUCCAAUUUUUUAUUCUUCAUGGUCUUAAAUUCCACCCUCUCUAUUUGUUGUUUAAUUGAGCAGAAAAAGCUUUUUCUUUUCUCCAUAUUGUUGAGGUGUCCAGUAACGAUAACCCUCAGCCAGGGAAAAAAAAUGUCUUGGUUUUAUUUAUUUUACUCCAAGUUUACCACGUUACGACGGGUGAUGUGAUAUUUACCAGUCGAUGUGGAUUUCAGCAGAUUUCUGUCUGGAACAUACACACUAUUCGUUACCCGUGAGCACUGGACUAAAUCAUUUUGGGUGAUAGUACAGUAUUACCAGCGUUCAACCUUCUUCUUAGAAAACAUUCGGCUUUUACAUCGACGACUCACGAGAGAAUUCUUGUCUACAGUGGUUGACCAUUCAUUGACAAUGCAGCACGUACUGACUUGGAAACUUGUGAAAGCAGAUCCUCGUCAACAGUGCAUGUAAGCUCCUUCCUUCACGACCUCAUGGAAGAUAUUCUCAUUCUCCUCGCAG